AUGUCUUUUGGACCACGUAGACCGCUGGGUGGCCCUCCACGACCAGCACGACCGGCUGCAGUCAAGAAACCGUCAACCAUCAACCGACCAACGACGGUUCGCCCUGACCCUCAAAAACCCCAGCCAGGUGGAAAACCGAAAAGCACCGUUGUGUCGCAAGUCGCAAGAAAACCGGCGGCUAUCCCGAAACCUAGCCCACCCAAACCUCCAACCCCGGAUCCGGUCGCGGAUUAUGAGUCUGAUUUCGAGUCGGACGAAAGUGUCCCGAGUAGUACCGCUGGGCAGAGUUCCAGCUCCAGCAGCAGCAGCAGUGCGAGCGAUGUGGAGAACAGCAGUCACUCGAAGAACUCUUCCUCCAACGAGAGCGACGAUGAGGCUGAGGAUGAUGAUGACCAGCAUGGCGAGCAAAGUGUGACGAGGUACACGGCAAGAAGUGAAAGUAAUAUGACCGCACCACCACCGCCUACGGUGGCAGCUGUAGCGGAAACUGGAACGCCUUCUACCAUUUCUCCACCGAAACCCAACAGAACACGUGCGAAUGCACGGAGCAUGGAUAUUUUAAGCAAAAUCUCGCUCAGCGAUGUGACGAUCGAUCUGUAUCGGUUCGAUCCGGAGGAUUACUUUGAGCUGAGAACUCGUUUCGGUAUCACCACGACCAUCGCCCAUGGGAAACACACCCAAACGGACACCCUUACCGUCUCGACCGCACAGCAAACCUCUGGCAUUCGGAUGCAAACGCGAUCCACCAGCAUGGAGCAGGGUCGUGGUUUUCGGGGCGACCAUAGAGGAGAUGUGGUUGAGGAAGAUCGAACCAUCGAUGGACUCAUCGUGGUCAACGACGACGAUGAGGAUGAGCUGCAGAAUUAUAGCAGUUUGCAAAACAUUGAACGAAUGUUUUCCACCCUGAGCGGUGCGCUGGAGCGUCGCUUCUCGAAGCCAGCUUCAGCGGGGCGGACAGUAACGCGGAACUCAUCCGCUAAUCAGCAGCGAGCCAUAUUACAGCUGGUGCGCAAUUCGGCGCCCAUUUUUGAAACACUUCUAGAAGGGAGACGAUCCAACAAAGUAAAUGGAGAACAUCGCAGGUCGCUAGAGUGUAGUACUGUAGCUGGUUAUUCCGGAAGAACGGGUGGGCCGGUGAAGGUCAUAAGGACGUUCGAUAUGGGGAAGAUGAGUCCCGAGUUCGAGGUACGGCUGGUGCAGAAUUCCGAUGGUGGUUCCCAAGGGUUUGUGGUGGAAUGUUGGGCCAACGGGACCUACACGAGACCGACUUAUCGCUUUGGUUCCUGGUCCUCGAUCGUGUGCAUCGAUUACGAUUGUCGUACCGGAAUGAUGAUGUUCGGGGGAGCCGACGAUGGAUCCCUGCAGAUGUGGUUGGGAGUGGCUGGCCACGGUGGUCCUAUUCCACCGCACCAGAUUGUGGUUCCUUGUGUCGAGGGAAAGUACAAGUUGAAAUGCUGGCAAGUGGUCACCGUGAAGGUACUUCCGAUGGUGGUCGUUCGCGAGAGCGCUGUUGACACCGGAUGUGAGAAUACGCUCAAGCAGGUCUUUGCCCUGUACUCGACGGGCAUUAUUGUAGUGUGGCACGUUCAAGUGCUUCAACGAGCAGAUGCACCCCCUCCUACGAGUGGACUGAGUGUGACGUUGGGAGGUUCCGCCAUUGCGCUUGUCCAGUCUAAAGUUAUCGAUAUAAAUGCGCGGCUGGAAGGACGUGUACCGUACGAUGCCCUUCGAUCAUACGCCAAUCUUAUCCUUCAUGAUCACUACCAGAUGGUGGUAUCCAGUGAUCGUACCGUGAUACGACUGAGCCACUUCGUAGACUCGGAGUAUGAUCCGGCAACGUUGACACAACCGGAUGCUGAUCAUUCCAUUGUCACGCUGAAGCGAAUGGCACAAACGACCGAUACGCUGUUUGCGCUCUAUUCCAAUAAAACCGUCCGAGUGCUCAAGCUGUCGACGGAGUCUGGACGUGGUGUCGGUAGUGCACGUGCCCGGUAUCUUAAGCACGAUAGCCAUCCCAAUCUUUUGUUAAGCGUGUGUACCAACAAGUCCUGCACCAUUCAGAGUAUCGUUCACGACGAAGCUAAACGGCGAUACAGCGGAACUAACAAUACGAGCGAGGGACGUGCCGAUGGUGGAUUGGUAGUGGCGAAGCAGCGGGGAUCCCAAGACGAUGAUACUGAGCUGGCACCGAGACCACGGUUUCAUCAUGGCCAGCAAAUAUUGUUUUUCGGCGCACAGCAUCCCGAACGGCUCCUGCAGGACAAACGUUUCAACGGAACGCAUGGGGCGCUCGUGCAGCGUUCCUAG